GUCAGGACAUGUCCAUGCUGCAGCUCACCUCAACCACCGAUGCUGAAGGUUUCUACACCGCGGUACACCGCAGUACUUAAAGCAAGAGCUACAAACGCCCAGAGUCGCGCCCCAGCGUCUUGCUUGUGGUUGUCGCAAACGCUCCGCUUGCCCAAACCUUGAGAGCCUUUCCACUUCACCACACCAGAGAUCCCACAGCCAUCUAGCAUCAUGGACAACACACUAGAUGCGCAGCAGCCGCCAGAGCAAUCAACGUCCCGCCGUCGCAAGUCGCGAAGCUACCGGGAACGGUUGCCAGAGAGCGAUACAAGCGACAAUGAGCCAGUGACAGCAGACGCUUCUACAUCGCUUCCGCAGCCUAGCGCACGUCGUAUCAGCCGCACGCCAUCUGACGCCUCGACUGCUCCAGCAAGCGUUCCUCUGCGCGUGGUGCAUCCCUACUACGUCAACCACGGGGUCCAACUUCCGGCGUCCAACUCAGUCCCGACGUUAGAUACGCCACAUCACGGACGCACGCGGAGGAGGAGCCUUGCAGCUCGCGCUCACUGGCACGCGGGCCCCGACUCGGCUGUUGGCUCUCCCUCACAAGUCAGCCCAAGGCCGCGCGGAGGCUAUCGCCCAUACAGGAACCCGUCGUAUCAGUUCUCGUUCGAAGACGACCUCUCUUUGGCGUUGGAGGACGAGCUACUGGGUAGAAGGCUUCCCGAGGACGAAGCACUUGACGACGACGAGCAAGCACAGACAUACGUAGAGAGCUGCCAGCCAGUUUAUCCGCCAUCACCCGGGACUUCUGCUGCUGGUGCACGUCGAUCAGAUCCAAUACCGCGACGGCCGCGCCCUGGUUUUGAUUACACCCCCGAAGACUGGGAGGAAUACGGCAUCCAGUUUGACCUUGCGCGGGUGGGUGUAGCCCACUCGUCAGACGACACAUCACUGCCACUAAACCGCGUCAUGACCGGCCCAAUGAAACGCUCACGCGAUAAAUUCGAGAGCGCUGACAGCAAGGACAUUCCCGAAACCUUGAUUGGUCGAGGUGCCGUGGCUGCAAUGCUCUACCAUGGCACGACUCCAUACCCGGACGCAAAUGAUAUAUGGCCAAAUUUCCGCAGUUCGGCAAAGUUACCCGCACAAUACUUUUUGCUCGACAAGAACUACCCAGCGCCCACAGAGUCCAAGUCCAAGCGACGUCCAUCCAAGAAUCUCAAGAAGAAGAUGCAACUCUCAAUGCAUGCGGAUGAGAAAGACGAUGACCUUCCAGAUGCCCAUGCUGGCCGUCCUAAAUGGGAAUUGCCCGUUGAGCUUAUGGAACUGAUAGCAGAAUACUUGAAUCGUGAUGACAUCAAAUCCUUACGCUUAGUGAGCAAGGAACUUAAUCAGUCCAUCUCGCAAGUCAUCUUCAAGACAGUCGUGGUCCCCUUCAACACGGAGAUUUAUGGCAUGCUCGGGUCAGAACAGAAGCUUGAUCUGAAGGGCAAGAAGCGGGCUCGCCUCGACAAACCAGGAUAUUCAUGGAAGAACGCCAAUGGGGACGAGGUGUAUGACGGCCAUGGUUUGGAUGUGUUUUGCGGGUUCGGGAGACACAUCCUGAAGUACGGGAUGAGCUUCGAAGUGAACGAAGACUCUCUCUCACGGCCGCCCAACAAAACACUUACUGAGAAGAAGGCAAGCUUCUGGGGAAGCUACGAUUGGCCUUAUGAAGACUAUCGACGUUUCGAUGCUGUCGCUGGGCUCGAGUCUGCUGCUGAUGAGACUCCGCGCAUGAAGACAGCCUUCAAGGAGCUUUCCAAGGUCAAAGAACUUGCAUUAUCCAUUGACAGCGGUCUCGGAUGGCUCAACGGCCCUGACAGAUCCAUUCGUGCACGGAUCCUGCAACGACCCCCAGAAGUUUUCGGUACGUCGAAAGACGUCCCAGAUCGACAAGCACAAGCUCAACGAGAGCUUUGGAACCAUCUGGAAGCGUGCCACCAGGGUGCAGAUAAAGAUAUUCGAUUGGCUACAUUGUACAAAAUGGAUGGGUCGUGGCCUUUGUGUGAGCUCAAAGACGCAAGCGUACUAGCUAUGCAGCAGCCAGACAUGCCAUUUUUGGACCCCCAUCUCAUACACGAAGCGACGCCUCACGACACUACGGAGAUUCAAAUCCCAGUUUCCUUCGAUGAUCCAGAAGCCCUCGACCGUUUUGUUCUAACGCCAUCUUCAUCCAGCACCGGCAUUUUGUUCUCAUCGAUUGUACCUCCAACUGACGCUGGCCAACUUCUGAGCCCGAUUAUACCGGCUAGUCUUACCAAAGCGCAAAAGGAGUGGCUUCUAGAGACUGAAUGGGCUCAGCGAGCCUUCUUAUCCUCAUACAUGCUCUCCAUAAUCGACAAUCCAACGAGUUUCAACCAGAUACACACACUCAACAUAUCGCGUCUUUCCGACCGCUAUAUCCUGAUGCUAAAUCGUCCUGAUUUCUGGGAUACUCUGCCGAGCCUCAGUAAUGUCACAUUGAUGGUUAUACCUGGAUGGCGAACUGUUCAUAAAGACGAGGCUGGUUUCGUAGACACACCAGGGGUUAAUCCGUGCUCGGGCAUCGAUUCCUUUUGCGAACUGCUCAAGACUCAUGUCGCUUGUCGUCCGAAUAUCACCAAACUGACCAUUGGUUGGGUAAGUGGCGGAGAGCAUGCUGAAGGCUUGCACGCAAGAAACAAGUUGUUACUGCCUGCUCCUUUGAUAGAAGUGGACUCUCAUGCAGAUCAAACUUCAAUUUCGGCAUCGGACAUGGCCACAGAGCAAGAUCCAAACAAACUGCGCACGUCUCUUCUCCACUUUCCGCAUGUGACACAGCUCACUCUCAAGAAUUGUUGGAUCACACCAUCGUCCCUACUGCAGUUUGUCAAGAUCCAUGACGUGCAUAGUCUGAAGCAUUUGGUUUUGAACUCGGUAUCUCUUACCGCCAUGCUGCGAGCCAACGGCAACGCAAAUCACGCCGGUCAAGCUGGGGCGGCUCUCAACGUUCCCAUGGCUGGACUUUGGAACGUGUUCAACAACAACGGCGGUGUCCAAGCCUUAGCCCAAGUACAGGCCCACGUACAGCCGCAAAAUCUGCCGAACCAUCAGCAGUUCCUACAAGUUUACAUUCAAUCGCUCAUCAUACAAUUGCAGCAGUUGCAAGCAAACGCUGGUGGUAUUCAGCAGCAACAGCAGAUCACAGCCCUCCAGAACCAGUUGCAACAGCAAGUCGUUCAGAUUCAGAACCAGAUCCAGCUCCAGAUCCUGCAACAAGUUCAGCCCCAAGCUCAACCUCAACUUCAACCUCUGGGCCAGAACCAAGGUCCACAAAACCAAGUAGCCCAGCCAUUUGUCAAUGUUAACCAGGUUGCUGCUUUGGCCACGCAGGUCUCCAACAUGCAGCAACAAGUUCUCGCCGCAGGACAACCUCUACCCAUACUUGCGAAUAACAUCCAAGCCCCUCCGGCUCAAGCAGCUCCCGCACAGGCUCCCGCACAGGCUCCUGCUGCCUCGCAGACUCUUCUUCGAACGCAGCCCCGUGAAGGGUCUUGGUUAAACGUCAUUGAUAUCAUUUCUCCCGGCACCAAUCUUUCCGACUUCAACUCCAGCCACUCGCAAGCCGACUCGGAGCGCAGCACCGCGCUCGAAUCCAUUGAAUUCAUCUCCUGCGGCUACGCCAAACUGCCCUACGCAGUCUUCGAUCAGUCCGCCAUCGAGUUCCCAACCGCGUUGGGGGCUGUUACCCGUAAUCCAUUCUUCGUGAAGCGUCAUAGCGCUCUUAUCCCCGCGAUGCUUACUGCUAAGUGGACGCAUCUCGGCGACAUCGUACAGGAGGUUGAUCUCACGGAACUCGCAACGCUGAACGCGGCUUGGAGUCUACGGACUGGCUGGGAUGAUGCGGAGGAGGCAAGGGCGGUGGAGUUCGACGGGCUUAUGCCUGGUGGUACGGGAAGGUUCACGGGGAAGGUGCGGCGUGAAGAUCGCGUUGCUCAAGAUGACUCUGCGAGUUAGUGGAUUGGCCUUGGUUUGCGUUGCUGUGAUGCGUUUUUGCUGAUCUUUUCUGCUGUAGAGCUCGACGGUGCCGUUACGUCGUUUGAGGGAUUGAGGUUGCAGAGUCAGGCCUCUUUAUGAAAUUGAUGACACUGGGUAAGGUUGCUUUGACUUGCGUUACUGGGUUGCGGGGUUUUCGACUGGUUGUUAUGUUGGCAGGCUUACUUACGCCCAGCUGCGUAACCUGGGUAUGAAACGGACUACAGUGUCAUCUGCUUCUGAUGGUGGGUCUUAUUGAGAAUUGGAGGGCAUCGGAAGCGUUCACUCUAGAUUAUACACACUUCUUUGUGUGAAGCCCUGGCUUUGAUGUACUGACGUACAAAGAGUAAUCACCCUUUGGACAGGAAAGGCUCAGAAUAGAGCGUGAAAUAAAAGCAGAAUAAAUUCAAUUACUCC